AUGCCUCCCAAACCUGGCCGUCUUGCUUCCCUUCUCCGUCCAUGGGGCCUGAUCUGGCUCUCUAUCUGCUUGCACUGGGAGGCUUUGACGCAAGCGGUUCGUCGGGAUGGUCUCGCAGCGCUGGCCCGCCCACGACAAAUGCGAGAUGCCGCCUCUGCCAAAUUGCUGAACAUAACCUCGGCCGGGUUUGUUGCCUACGAAGACACCACAAUUGUCCCCUUGCUUGUGCAAGCCGCUGGUGGCGUGGUUCUCGAACUGGGCCCGGGGCCAGGUAAUCAGAUUCACCGUUUCGAUACCUCUCGCGUCACACAGAUUUAUGGCGUCGACCCGAAUCCCCAUUUCCAAGACCGCAUAGAGGCCAAAUUGGACGAGUAUGGCUUGCGGGAUAAGUAUCAGUUGCUCGUUUGCGGUGUGGAAGAUAGCGAUGUUCUAAGAAAAGAGGGAAUCACGGAGGGGAGCCUGGAUGCCGUGUUGUGUAUCCAGGUCCUGUGUGCCGUCAAGGAUCCGAAAAAUGUGAUGAAGGAGGUAUGGAAGUUGCUCAAGCCGGGAGGCAAGUUCAUCUUCUGGGAACACGGGUGGAGUAGAAACCGGUUGACGAGUGGUGUGCAAGCUUGCUGGAAUCCAGCCUGGAGCACAUUUGUCGGGUGUGAUUUGACUCGCAAUGUGCUGGGGGACAUUUUCAACAGUGGAGAGUGGGAAAAUCCGCACGAGAUCGAAGAGCCAGAAGACCCAUAUAGUUUGCUACCCAGAAUUCAGGGUGUGCUUGUAAAGAAGACUUGA